UGAUGUAUGUGGGCUAUCUUUUGGAUAAGGACACUAACAUGUACCCUGCCCCGGUCAGGCACCCCAGCCUGAACCUCAGCCCCCAGAACUACGUGCCUGCGCCCCCUCAAUACUCGGAUUUUGCCAGCUACCAUCACGUGCCAGGGAUUAACAGUGACCCGCACCAUGGGCAGCCUGCGGGCGCCUGGGGGUCGCCAUACACACCCACCAAGGAGGACUGGCAUUCCUACGGGCCUGGAGCCGCUUCUUCCGUCGCUAACCCGGGGCAGCUCGGAUUCAGCCCCCCUGAUUUUAACCCAAUUCAGCCGCCAGGCUCUGGACUCCUACCUCCAGCCAUCAACAGCUCGGUGGCCCAGCUCUCCCCCAAUGCGCAAAGGCGCACCCCCUAUGAGUGGAUGAGGCGCAGCCUGUAUAUGGGGGGGGGGGGGGCGUGGGGGACUGGCAAGACCAGAACAAAAGACAAGUACCGGGUGGUAUAUACGGACCACCAGCGCCUGGAGCUGGAGAAGGAAUUCCACUACAGCCGCUACAUCACCAUCCGGCGGAAAGCAGAGCUGGCGGCAACGCUAGGGCUCACCGAACGGCAGGUGAAAAUCUGGUUCCAGAACCGGAGAGCCAAGGAGAGGAAGGUGAACAAGAAGAAGAUGCAGCAGCAGACGCAACCCACAAGCACCACCACUCCCACCCCGCCCGCCGUUGGCACCCCGGGUCCCAUUGGCGGCAUCUGCAGCAGCACCACCAACCUGGUCUCCUCUUCCCCAAUGACUAUCAAAGAAGAGUUCAUGCCGUAAGGCCAGCAGACAGCAAGACACGGCUAGAUGUGCCGUGCAGCGGCGUGGAACCAGGUGGGGAGCUCUGGAGACUGACCAUCCCUUCACAAAGACCUGAUGCUGCAAUGCUGAGCCUAUGAAGCCACUUCCUCUCUCUCCGGAGGAAGAAUAAGCUUUCUUUUUGAUGGCAGACGACCCCUCUGUGGCGGGUCAUGGACUCAGUUCUAUGUAUAAAAACAAUAGGAUAGUUACUGUUACUCUGUGG